GAUCAUUUGAAACGAGAACUGACACAGGCGCUUUCUUCAAAACUUACCUUAUUGUAUAGAAUCAUAUAGAACUUAGAUCGAAGUAUCUUCAAAUGAUUUUUAUAGUAAUUUAUUAAUAUUGCGUUAGCUGUCUUACAGAUUAGAUUUAUUCCUUCAUAGAGAAUAUCUAGGAGGAAAGAAAAGUAAUAUGGAAACUCCGGAGGAAUUUAUAUUUCCAUUUCCACCUUACGCAAUUCAAGAGGAUUUUAUGAAGAAUCUGUACUUUUGUUUGGAGAAUGGUAAAUUAGGGAUCUUUGAAAGUCCUACUGGAACUGGGAAAUCUCUUUCUAUUAUUUGUGGAGCAUUAAAAUGGCUCUUGGAUCAUGAGGAACGUCAAAAAAGUGAUUUGAUUGAAAAAAUCCAAGAAAUAGAUAGCAGCAUAAAAGAAUCUGAAAAAAAGGCUGACCAUGACUGGUUCUUUGUACAAUCUAGCCAAUUAGAAUUUGCUGCAGAGAGAAGAAUUCUUCAGCAGAAGCUAAAUAUGAUUAUAAAACACAACGAGAAACGAGAAAAAUUAAAGGAGAGGGUUCAAAAUAAUAAAGAGAAUAAGAAACGGUAUUACAAACCAAAGCCUGGCAAGUCUAAGGAUAGUCUAAAGGACAUUGAUCAGGAUUCAAAAGAAGGAGAAGCCAAGAAUGAUACUAUUGAUGAAGAUUUUCUUUUGGAUGAUUUUCUUGAACAUUCUGAUAGUUCAGAAGACGAAGACACUCAGGAAGAUAUUUAUAAAAAUAGUAAAAUAUACUUCUGCUCAAGAACACACUCCCAACUAAAACAAUUUGUUAGUGAACUAAAAAAAACUCCUUAUUCUGAUAAGAUUGCCCUAGUACCACUGGCUUCAAGACAGAAUUAUUGCAUCAACAAGGAAGUCAAAAAACUUAAACAUGUAAAUUUCAUAAAUGAGCGUUGUCUACAACUUCAAAAGAAAUGUACUACUGCCAAAAAGGAGAAGGAUCUCAAAAGAUUAAAAUCCUCCACCUGUUGCCCAUAUAUGCCUGGUGAUCAACAAAGGCUGAUUGCAGACAUUUUAUCAGAGGUCCAGGAUGUAGAAGAUAUUGUUCAAAACUCUCAGGAACUGAAGACUUGCCCAUACUAUGCUACCAGGAAUUCCAUUCCAGACAGUCAAAUUAUCUUAGUGCCUUACAAUACUAUUCUCCACAAAAGUACCAGGAUUAGUUCAGGAAUUGAUCUUAAAGGAAAUAUCCUGAUAAUCGAUGAAGCACAUAACUUAUUAGAAGCUAUUGAACACAUACACAGUGCCAUGAUCACAGGCAGGAAUGUAUUGCAUUGUUACAGUCAGCUUACACAAUAUCAGCAAAGAUAUCAACACCUUUUUUCUGCUAAAAACGUUUUAUAUUUGAGUCAAUUAUGCUUUUGUCUUAAAAAACUACUCAAGUUUUUUGGUGCCACGGUAAAAUCUUCUCCAGACGAUGCGUCAGAUCCCUCUAAGCAAUCUACCAAAUUUUACACAGUUGAGGAUUUUGAAACUGCUUCUGAACUAGAUACAAUCAAUAUAUUCGAACUCUUAGAUUUUGUAAAAAACUCUAAACUCAAUCGUAAACUGCAAGGGUAUCUUGAGAAGUAUGGUGGUGAGACGCAGAUCCAAGAAGUUGAAUUAAGAAAAACUGGUAUUACAGCUUUUCUGAAAACUAUUAAAGCUCACAAUCUAGCCCGUUAUGAAAUGGAGGCGGAACAAAAGGAGCUGUUGUUUGAUAAGGAAGUAUCAUCAAAUCCUCUUAUGACAAUUGUUAGUUUUCUUGAAUGCCUAAAAUCUAGUUGCGAGGACGGUCGAAUACUCUUAGUUCCUGGCAAGACUAUAGGGCAAGGUGUCAUGAAAUUUCUUCUACUAAAUCCAGCUGCUUAUUUUAAUGAUAUUGUUAAGGAAGCAAGGGCAGUGAUUGUUGCUGGCGGAACCAUGGAACCCAUUUCCGAUUUCAAAGAUCGAUUAUUCAUUAAGGCUGGUGCAUCACCUGAGAGGAUCAUGUCGUUCUCUUGUGAUCACGUUGUUCCUAAAGAUAACAUAAUGACAAGAAUAGUAACGCAUGGACCCAAUGCAAAACAAUUUAUCUUUACCUAUGGAGAACGUGCAAGUCAUUGCUUGCUUGAAGAAUUAUCUAGAAGUCUUAUAAAUAUCUGCAACGUUGUACCAGCUGGAAUUGUAGUAUUUCUACAGUCCUACACUUAUGAGGAAGUUGUAUAUAAAUACUUAGUAGACCAAAAAUACCUGAACAAAAUAUCUGAUAAGAAGCGUGUCUUUCGUGAACCGAAAUACGCGAACCAAGUCAGUCAAGUCUUAGAAGAAUAUGCUGAAGCAGUGAAAAAUCCACAACCACCACAGAAUGGAGCACUCCUUUUUAGUGUAGUCGGUGGUAAACUGAGUGAAGGUUUAAAUUUUUCUGACGAUUUGGGACGUUGUGUCAUCGUAGUGGGAAUGCCCUAUCCCAAUUUAUUUGCUCCAGAAAUUCGUGAAAAAAUGAAUUACCUAAACGAGAACGUUGGUUAUAAUACAGGAACCAUGUACUAUGAGAAUGCAUGUAUGAAAGCUGUAAAUCAGUGCAUUGGCAGAGCAGUGCGUCAUAUAAAUGAUUAUGCUGGCGUUAUUUUACUUGAUCAGCGUUACACCACUAAAAAGACGUCAUUGCCAAGAUGGAUACAACGUUCUUUAUCAGUCGACAAUUCAUUCGGAAUGACGAUACGUAAUUUGGCUAAAUUUUACUCAACGAAAAAGCAUGCUGAGAGGAUUUCCAGCCAGUCGUAACUCUUCUAGUUUCAAAGGUUUCAAAGAGUCAGUGUCUCUUAAAUCGCGUAUCUGAUGUAUGAAAAAUCAAUAUUUUAUAACAUUUUUUUUCCUACGAUAUUUCGGAG